UGCUACUAAAAGCCGCGGUGGAACCAGACAUCUAGUCGUCAGAGAGUCGAGAAGCGCAUAUCGACCGGUCGGGUUCGCAAGCGGAGUCUAUCCUCGUUCGAACGUAUCGUAAUUGAACGUAUUCGCGCUUUCACCGCGAUAGAGCGUGUUCUCUGAUCGACGCUGAAGAACCGGCGAAUUACGUAGUAGUACUACGAGAAGUAUCGUGGGAAGUUCUACGAGAAGUUCCACGAGAAGUUCCGGACAACAUCUGCUGAAAUUUCUCCCAGCCCUAUCGGCUGGGUGAAUGUAUUCUACGUUGAUAACACAUCCAUCUGGUUCUGUCAAAGCAAAAUAGAAGUGGGAAGCAGGAAAAUCGCGCAUUAGUGAUCAGCGACAGUAAAACUUAGAAUCUUGAAGGGGAAAAGCGAUCGGUGAGAUUGGAGUAAGGCGUCGCUGUUACUAUGUAAAUUACCAGCAGGUAUAUUCUAUUGCGCGCGCGCACUGCCGUCGACUAGCAACGACACCAGCUGCGAGAACAUCAUCAAUAGAUAGCGGAGGUUGCGAGAGGAACAAGAGUUGCGAGUGAUAGAGAAUCACGCACGGCCUCGAGUUAGAGACCUGGGCUUCUCCCUGACCGAUCCCAAGGAAGCCCGCAAACUGGCUCCAGAGGUGAGGAUCAAGCAAAUUGGAAUGAGGGAGGAUCUGCUGUCUAUAAUACGGCACACGAGCAGCGACCACUUUUCGGAAGAACUUUAGCCGAAAGCUUAACCAGGAAAUAGAGGCAGACUGAAUACGAUUAGAGUAGAGGUGGCUGUUUAGCCUUCUGGAGCAGUGGGACGUAAUCGGGCUUCCUUUUGUUCCAAGUGAUAUCUUAAUCAAUCAUAGACCCAUUUAUUUAUUAAUAAAAAAAGGAGUCAGUGAUAGAGGGAGGGGGAGAGAAUAAAGAAAACUGGUGCCCGGUAAACUGGUUUUCCUCCCUAAUAAGGGUCUCUCGGUUAUGCCCUGGGUCAUUGCAUGUUUUGACCUGCUGGCGGCUCCGUUACUGGGUUAUUGUAUCGCGCUCAGGAAGCUUGCCCUGCAAGCCGGUGUUUUGCAAGAGAAAAAAACUGAUCUAGUUGGGAAGCAGACACCCAACACGGAUAAGAUACUCCUGAAAGCCGGCAUCACAGCUAACAUGGUCCCUAAUACAGAAGACCAACGGCAAGACCCCAGCAAAGAGAAGGCCGCCGCGAGAAUGCUGGGAGUAGCGAAGUCAUCGCGCAAAUUCGCGGGAGUUGUCAUAGCUACUUGCGGUUUACCGGCUUGCGGAAAAAGCCAGAUAGGAAAGAAUCUUGCUCGCAGAUUCAACUGGAAUGGCAUAACCACGAAAGUAUUCCACGUGAGUGAUUAUCGAAGAAAACCUGAAGCCCAAACAUCUCACGAUCUCACAUUCUUCCAACUGGAUCAUGCGGCCAGCAACACUAUAAGAAUUCUCACACAGAGAGAUGCUAUGCAAGAUUGCGCGGCAUGGCUCGUAUCCGGCAAUUCUGUAGCGAUCCUCGACUCUAUGCUGAUCACAAAAGCAGAGCGCACAGAAGUCUAUGACUAUUUCUCUGGUCAACUUGGUUAUCGCGUUCUUUUUAUCGAGUGCGCUUGUCACGACCCGAAGGUGCAGCAGCAUAACCAACAAGAAAUCGUGAAACAUAAUGCUGAUUACGCCGACGCGGAUGCAGUUUUAGUCGCGGAAUAUCUAAGCUCGAAGAUCGCUUAUUAUGCCGAAUUGUACGAGCCUAUGUGUGAGAAAUCCUACCCCAAAAUUAAGAUUGACACUGCUACUAUGGAUAUCGAGGCCUGCAAGGUUUCCGGUCACAUUGAAACCAAGGUGCUCGGAUAUCUUGGAGACAUCAAUCUCAAACCGCACACUCUUUAUUUCUCAAGACACGGCGAAAGCGAGUACAAUGUACUCGGCAAAAUCGGCGGCGACGCAGUCUUAAGUGCCAGGGGUGAACGAUACGCACAGGCGUUGUCAACCAAGUUCAACGCUAUGCGUAUUCCCGAUCUUCGAGUUCUCACCAGUUGCCUUCGCAGAACAAUCGCAACGGCGCGGGGCAUCGAAGCUCCUCAAGAGCACGUGGUCGCUUUGAACGAGCUUCACGCCGGGGUAUGCGAGGGUCUCUCUUAUGAGGAGAUGCAGGAGCACUAUCCGCAGGAAUUCGCGUGGCGUGAUCAGGACAAGCUGCGUUAUCGUUAUCCAUGGGGUGAGAGCUACAUCGAUGCAAUGCAACGCGUCGAGCCGGUGAUUGCCGAGCUGCAACGUUCGAACAACGUGCUCGUGGUGUCGCACCAGGCGGUCCUGCGGUGCAUCAUCGGCUUCUUCCUCGACAAGAAACCCGAGGAGCUACCCUAUAUGGAAGUGCCGUUGCACACGAUAAUUCGUCUCACCAGCCAGGGCCACUACUACAAGCUCGAGUUUGUUAAGCUGCCGAUCGAGUGCGUUGACACCACCCGCGUCAAGCCGAAGAAUUGCAGCGGUGAUCGCACCGCGGCCGACGCUCUGAUCACUGUUCCCGCGCAUUUCGACAUACCAGAUCCUUGGAGAAAUCCCGGCAACGGGCCUACUCUCGUGCAACAGCAUUAAGAGAAAGCUAACAAGCCGAAAACACAUUGUAUCUGGCCGAAUGAUCUUUUCACGACCAAUGCGACAUCAAUUACAAAUGCAGAUUUUAGAUCUCCCACGAUUCUGUGAGACGCCUUACUCUAACGGGUGAUACUUAACUAAUACUGAUGGCAUACCUCAAUAUACGCAAUCCAUUUAUAAAAAUUAUGAGAUAUUUUAUAAAAAAAGCGCGAAAAAUGGUGAACUGAAAUGGAAUGACGAAGAUAAGCCUUCUGUAAGGAAUUUUAUGUGAAAUUUGUAGAAUGCAAAAUGUGUUUCAAUUGAUAGAAUCACGUAAUGUAAGGAUCUACUUCAGGUAAAUGUUAAAGUAAUUUUCACAAAUUGAUUGAAGUAAACGCUACGUUCGAAAUAAGCUUAGCUUAUAUCAAUAAUUAGUUAUGACACUUGCGGCGCUAUUAGAAUUAUCUACUCCAAGUAGACUUGUUCGUAGCUCAGAGUAUGGAAAUAUUUCACUUGUGUAAGGAAAAAUUAGAUUGUUAUUUUAUUAGCGACUGAAACGAGUCGAUUACUUUUAUUUCACACGCGCAGCAGUUCGCGAGAGCACAUCCUGACCUAUUUAUAAUUACCACGUGGACGCGAUAGAUAUAUGUUUGGUAUAAAUUUUCGAGAGAUCUUCCAUUUAAUGAGAAAAAUGCACAGUAUCUUUGACACUGAUCGUCGGCGAAUGUCUUGAAUCGACUUCGACGAUAGGUCUACGAUAACUCGAUAUUAACUGACGCCUUUUCAACGAAUAGCAAUUGGAAGCCCAUCGCUCGGCCCUCUACGCAUCGCGUGAUAGAGUUACGUUAAUAACUUAUAGAAUUACUAUACAUGGUGUGCCCUAUAAUUCAUAUUACAAAUUAAAGUGCACUACCUACCAUAUUAAAUAUAUAAUAUGUUUAUAGAUUUGUACAAAGGAAAGAUAGAGGAAUUUAUAUAUAUAUAUAUAUAUAUAUAUAUAUAUAUAUAUAUAUAUAUAUAUAUAUAUAU